CAACACCCGCGAUUUCACGUCCGAAAUGCUUUCGACCCAUUGAGUUGUGGAUUUCAUUUUGAAAUGGAGAAUAAAUUCGCUCCAGGGGAUAAUGUCUGGUUUAGUAGCCCGUCUAAUUCCGGGUUUACCAUUCUGGGGGGUAAAGUCUCCGCAAUUGAUGCCAGGAUUAUUACAAUCCAGGAUGACGAUGGAAACAUGUUGGCGGUUCCUCGGGAUAAAAUAAUUAAGCACAUGCACCCGACAUCAAUCUCGGGUGUCGAAGACAUGAUAAAACUAGGAGAUCUCCAGGAGUACGCGAUCCUGAAGAAUCUCCACAUCCGCUACAACAGAAACCUGAUUUACACCUACACGGGAAGCCUCCUGGUCGCGAUAAACCCGUACCAAAUUCUGGACAUCUACACCCCGAAGGAGAUAUCGCUGUACAGAGGUAAGAAGAUAGGGGACGAGCCACCCCACAUCUUCGCCGUCGGCGACAACUGUUUCACGGAGAUGAAGAGAGCCAGAAGGAACCAGUGCAUCGUAAUCAGCGGUGAAAGCGGUGCCGGGAAGACCGAGAGCACGAAAUUAAUUCUCCAGUACUUAGCGGCAAUCAGCGGUGAGCAUUCCUGGAUAGAGCAGCAGAUCCUGGAGGCGAAUCCCAUCCUGGAGGCAUUUGGAAAUGCCAAAACCGUUCGCAACGACAAUUCCUCGAGAUUCGGAAAAUACAUCGACGUGAAUUUCAAUAAAUCCGGAUCAAUCGAGGGUGCGAGGAUCGAGCAGUAUCUCCUGGAGAAGUGUAGACUGGUGCAUCAGUCCGAGGGGGAGAGGAACUAUCACAUCUUCUAUUCGAUCCUCGCAGGACUCUCCAAAGAGGAGAAGAAGAGAUUGGGUUUGAACGACGGAGGGUACAGAUACCUCUGCGGAUCUUCAGAGUGCAGAGGACGAAAUGAUGGGAAGGAGUUCGCUGACGUUCGAGCAGCGAUGAGGAUCCUGAAUUUCUCCGAGGAAGAUUUUCACAGGAUCAUUGAGCUCCUGUCCUCCAUCCUCCACCUGGGUAAUUUCAAUUACAAAUCGUCAGUCGUGUCCAACCUGGACAGCUGUGAUAUCCAGGAGGACGCAGGUGUCAAGACAACUGCUGAAAUCCUGGGGGUCAGCGUCAAAGCCCUGAAGGAGGCCCUCACCAGGCGGACUAUCUUCGCCAAUGGGGAGAGAGUCGUCAGUUAUUUGUCUAGGGCACAAGCCGUCGCGGUUAGGGACGCCUUCGUCAAGGCUGUCUAUGGCCAGCUGUUCGUCAUGAUCGUUGAGAAGAUAAAUCUGACGAUUUUUAAACCUAAAACAACCACCAGGAACUCCAUUGGCGUACUCGAUAUCUUCGGGUUCGAAAAUUUUUAUCACAACAGCUUUGAACAGCUCUGCAUCAAUUACGCUAAUGAACAUCUCCAGCAAUUUUUUGUAAGACACAUUUUCAAGAUCGAGCAGGAGUAUUAUAAUGAGGAGGGGAUAUCCUGGAGGCAUAUCGAUUUCAAGGACAAUCAGGGGGUUCUGGAUUUGAUUGGAAUUAAACAGCUAAACGUUAUGGCUCUCAUUGAUGAGGAGAGCAAAUUCCCCAAGGGCACUGAUCUCUCACUUUUGGCCAAGUCUCAUCAAAUCCAUUCUGCUAAUGACAAUUACGUUAAACCCAAAUCGGAUCUGGUGCAGGCGUUUGGCAUUCGACAUUUUGCUGGGGCUGUUGAUUACGAAAUUGGGGGGUUCCUGGAGAAGAAUAGGGAUACAUUCUCUGUGGAUUUGAAACAAUUGAUUGGAAUAUCUUUGAAUAAGUUUCUGAGGGGAAUAUUCCCGGAGGAGAUGUUGUCAGUUGACGGAAAAAAACGCUCGCCCUCGUUGUCGUCUGGUUUUCGAUUGUCCCUGGAUCAAUUGAUGAGGACUCUGGAGAGCUGCAAUCCUUUCUUCGUGAGGUGCAUCAAACCGAAUGACCAGCAAAGACCUGGGGCUUUCGAUCGUGAUCUCUGCUGUCGACAGCUGAGGUAUUCUGGAAUGAUGGAGACUGCCAGCAUCAGGAGAGCUGGAUACCCCAUUCGUUAUAGUUAUCAGGAGUUCAUUGAGAGAUUCAGGGCUUUAAUCAGGGGAAAAGCCCCAAAGGAUCAGAGAACAGCCGCGGAGAUGAUCUGUAAGAGUGUCUUGGGGGAGGCUAAUCUCGAUUAUCAAAUUGGAAGGACGAGGGUUUUUCUGAAGGAGGAGCAGGAUUUUAUCCUGGAGAGGGAACGCGAGCUCGUCAUCGCCAGGAGUAUUGUCAGAAUACAGAGGAAUGUGAGGAGAUGGAUCGCACAGACGAGAUAUCUGAAGAUGAAGAAGUCAGUGUUGAUUAUUCAACGAGUGUGGAGAGGUCAUGGCCCUCGGAAGAAGUAUCUGAAGAUAAAACUGGGGUAUCAGAGGCUGCAGGCCUGCACCAGAUCACGUAUCAAUACUCACGAGUUUCGCAAGAAGCGAAAAAUCAUUGUGGCACUCCAGGCAUUGGGUCGUGGCUAUCUUGUACGCGAUCUGCAUAAAAAAAAGGCCCAAUGGCGAGAGCAGAGGCUCAAGGAGAUUAAAAAGCUCCAGGUGGACGAGGAGAAACGAUUGAAAUCGAGUGGCAAGUCCGACUGGAAGACAAUUGCUGAUAAAAAUCAUGAGAAUCGACUUCGGGAAUUGCGAGAGUCACUGCUGCAAUUUAGAAAUGGAGCACCAUCUCCAGCGAAGGAGUCAGAGACCAACAUCGAUACUAUCUUCGAAUUUCUGAAGGAGGAACCACCCGCACCAGGAGUCAAGGAAUUGCCUGCAGAUAUGUACGCUGACAUUCCUGGAAAGUCCCAAAAACCAGAAGAUUCCACGAGUGUCUUGGAACUCCCUCAAGAAACAGAUGAGUCCGAAGACCUCUCUGCUUUCCACUUCAGUAAAUUCGCUGCCACUUACUUCACAGCGAACGUCGCACCCCAGUACUCAAGACGUGCCUUGAAGCAAUCAUUACUCGAUCUGCCACUGGCCUCAGAUCAAUUAUCAGCCCAGGCAUUGUGGAUGACAAUCCUGAGGUUCAUGGGGGAUCUCUCGGAGCCGAGGAAUCCGAUAGACAUCCCCGAGAGAAAAACCGUCAUGUCGACAGUCACGGAAACCCUCUCGAAGGCCUUCGCGAGGACGAAAGACUACCAAAACCUAAUGAACGACAAUAAAAAUCAGAAUCAUCUAGUUCGAAUGACCCUGAAACGCCAGAAUAAACUCCACGAUCACAUCAGACGAGGAAUCCUCGAGGAUGAGUUCGUAAACGAGAGCUACGGCGAUUGGCUUCAUACCCGAAGUUCAAAUCUGGAGAAACUGCACUUUGUGAUUGGCCACGGAAUCCUGCGUCCUGAACUCCGAGACGAGAUUUACUGUCAGAUAGUGAAGCAACUGACGAAUAAUCCCACCAAGGCGUCUCACGCCAGGGGGUGGAUCCUCUUGUCGCUGUGUCUGGGCUGUUUCUCACCCUCUGAACGCUUUAUCUAUUACCUCCGAGCUUUCAUACGCUCAGGCCCUCCAGGAUACGCCCCCUAUUGUCACAAGAGGCUCAUCCGGACGUACAAGAAUGGCUCAAGGACACAGCCUCCGAGCUGGCUGGAGCUCCAGGCGACGAAGAACAAGAGUCCGAUUCGCCUGGAGGUGACAUUCAUGGAUGGAACAUCUAAGACUGUUGAAGUUGAUUCUGCGAGUACCGCCCAGGAGGUCGUGGAGGCCCUCGCCAGGAGCAUUGAACUCCGAGAUAUCUUUGGAUUCUCUGUGUUCAUCACAGUGUAUGAUAAAGUGCUGUCCCUUGGGGCUGGGAGGGAUCACGUGUUCGAUGCUAUUUGUCAGUGUGAGCAGUAUGCGAGGGAACAGGGACAAUCUGAAAGAUCAGCUCCCUGGCGACUGUUCUUACGGAAGGAGAUAUUUUCUCCGUGGCACGACCCCACCCUCGAUAGCAUCGCCACGAAUCUCAUCUACCAUCAGAUCACCAGGGGUAUCAGGCAGGGAGAGUACAGAUGCAGCAGUGAAGGUGAUAUCGCCAUGAUGGUGGCACAGCAACUGUACAUCGACCACCAGAAACGCAUGACGAGGGACACCCUGAGGAGUGUUAUGCCCCUGUACAUUCCCGCUCAUCUUCUCCAGGGGGUGGUUAAGGAGGCGCUGAAAAAAUGGGAGAUAAUUAUACUCACAGUCUACGAGAAGAACAUAAACCUGAUGGAAGGUGCCCCAGCGAGCAAAGCCAAGGAGGACAUCGUGAUGUUCGCGAAGAUCACUUGGCCCAUCCUCUUCUCGAGGUUCUAUGAGACCUUGAAGACGUCUGGUCCCGAGUUACCCACGAACAACGUGAUAAUCGCUGUGAACUGGACUGGCAUUUACUUCAUUGACGACCAGGAGCAAAUGUUACUGGAGAUGGCUUUCCCAGAAGUCGCGGAGGUCACCGUCCAAAAUUUUCACGAGAACGCUUCCAAGAACCUCGUGAUAACGACAGUGCAGAGGGAUGAGUGGGUGUUCCAGACAUUUGAUGCUGAGGAUUUGGCGUCACUCAUUAAUUUCCUGGUGGAUGGUCUGAAGGAGCAAUCAACUUGGGUGGUCGCCACCCAGGAGUACAUGAACAACGUGACAGCAGCUCCAGGGGAGACGUACUUGUCCCUUCGACGAGGUGAUAUGGUUAAAUUAAUCGGUUGCAAGGGCCAAUCGAUACUGACAUCUCAGUGGGGAUAUGGCGAAAGGUCUGAUGGGUCUCAGGGUGAAUUUCCUUCGGAGUGCGUCUACGUGAUUCCAACAGUUGGAAAACCCUCGCAAUCUAUCAUCGAUAUCUUCCGGACUGAUUACACGACGAAAAAUACUCUAGCUCGUAGGAGAAUCGAUAAGAGCAAUCAGUCACGCUCUUAUUCGUUGAGGAAAUUCGCUCAGGAGCACUUCAGACAGAGUUUCAAUGUGACCAUCUCCAAGGCAUCGACGAUAUCCUCAGCGAAAGGAACAGUCUCGGAGACUCUGUUUAAACACACUAGGACACCGAUGAAGGCCGCCCUUCUGGCUCGAGUCUGCGAGGAUCGGGAAUUGUCUCAGCUCGCUGUCACCAUCUUCACGAAUAUCCUGAGGUACAUGGGGGAUCUUCCCAGUAAUCGUCAGCGAUUGGGGACGGAGUACACGGAUUUGAUAUUUACACCUGCUUUGGAGCAUUCUCAUCUUCGAGACGAGGUCUACUGCCAGAUUAUUCGUCAAUUGAUGGAGAAUAAAAUUCGAUUGAGUGAGGAGAGGGGCUGGGAGCUCAUGUGGCUGGCCACUGGAGUCAUGUCGUGCUCUACGAAUGUGCAGAAGGAAGUCGUGAUGUUCCUGGGGUCUUCUGGCACCCCCAUUGCUGUCGACUGCUUGAACAGAUUAAACAGGACGUCGAAGUAUGGAAAUAGAAAGUAUUCUCCGUAUAUUCUUGAGGUGGAGUCAAUCAGGUUCAAGAGUCUCCAAAUAUUCCACAAAAUUUAUUUCCCUAAUGAUGUCGAUGAGGCCUUUGAGGUACACUCCUCCACGAAAUCCGGGGAUCUCUGUCAGAAAAUUGCGGAUAGGCUGCAGCUGAGGAACUGCGAUGGUUUCAGUCUCUUCGUUAAAAUAUCUGACAAGGUGUUCUCGGUUCCCCAUGAAUAUUUCUUCUUUGAUUUUAUUCAUGAGCUGAUGGAGUGGAUGAAGAAGUCUAGACCCACCAAGGCAGGUGUCACGCAGGUUCAGUACCAGAUAUUCUUCAUGAAGAAGUUGUGGGUGGGGUGCUAUCCAGGGCGCGACCCCAAUGCUGACGAGGUAUUCUACUUCCAUCAGGAAUUACCGAAGUACUUGAGGGGAUAUCACAAUUGCAGUAAACAGGAUGCCAUUAAACUCGCUGCUCUCAUUUAUCGGAGCAAAUUCGGAAAUGUCAAGGACGAGCUGGCACGUGUACCUGAUAAACUCAAGGAAUACGUUCCUGCGGACCUGGUGCAUGUUUACAGAUCCAGUGACUGGAAGAAACACAUCUCCUCGGCAUUUAAGGAACAGACAGGAAUGACUCAGUACGACGCAAAACUGCAAUUCCUCCAGCACAUCUACCAAUGGCCGACCUUUGGCUCUGCAUUUUUCGAAGUAAAGCAAUCGACGGAAUCGAGUUUCCCCGAAUUUUUGAUAAUAGCAAUAAACAAAAACGGUGUAAGUGCCAUUCACCCCCAGACAAAAGAAAUCCUUGGAAUGUGGAGUUUCACGGAGCUGUCAAACUGGUCCUCCGGAAAUACCUAUUUCCACCUGACGAUAGGAAACUUCAUGAAAAGCCAAAAGAUCCUCUUCGAGACAGCUCAAGGGUACAAGAUGGACGAUCUAAUAUCAUCCUACAUCAACCACCUCAAGUCAACAAUGGAAAUAAAGGAAUCAGAGAGAUUGUAAUUAAACUCAAAAUUCAGGAUUUAUUUGUCUUAAUACUGACGCAUGAGUAGAUUAUGAAUUAUGAGCAUGAAUUGCAUGAAUUAUAAAUACUAUAAAUACGUAGAUUAAAAAUUCUCUUCAUCAAUUUCGUAAUUAUACUUGAUUGCACCGAGUACGUCUCGUACGCCCUGUCGAAGAAGCUGGAGUUGUGAUUGAGGAUUUGAACGACUUCCGCAGGGACAGGAAAUUUUCAAGUCCCCUAGCUGGUGCUGGUGGUAACAACCAAAGAGAACAUUAGAUCAAUUUGGGAUACGAAAUGUUCCCAUCAGUCGUUACCUACCCCAAUUGAUCAUCUCUUCCGAUGACGUCAAUCAUUUAAGCUCAGAUGACAGUGAUCUGUUGUUUAUUUCAUACCUUCGGGGAAGUCCGGAUGGCUGUGCGCUAAAAAUACACGAGCAAAUUAUACCUCUUCCUCAAUUA